GUCCGAGUCGGAGUCCGAGUCGGAGUCCGAGUCGACUCGCCGCGAUCUCAUACAUCUCAUUCGUUCAUUCUCUCCGACCCAUUAAAUUAAACCUGUUUUUUUUGUUUUGUUGUGUUCUCUUCGAAAGCGGAAUCAAUCAAUCCCUCAUCUCAUUGCUGAGAUCUGCAAGCUGGCUAUGGACUACGAACCCUACGACAGUAGCGGAACUGAUGAUGACCUUCCACCAACCCAUCAAAAUAGAAUUUCCAGGGGAGGAGGAGGACGUCUCGCUGGGAAUGGGAGAUCUGCUGUUGGUUCAAUUCCUUACCCAAGGAUGUAUGGUGAAAUUGAUAUGGAGACCCAAAUUCAUCAGCUUGAGCAAGAAGCAUACAGUUCAGUUCUAAGAGCCUUUAAAGCUCAAGCCGAUGCCAUUACUUGGGAGAAAGAAAGUUUGAUUACAGAGCUGAGAAAAGAACUGAGAUUGUCAAAUGAGGAGCACAGAGAACUUCUAGGUCGAGUUAAUGCUGAUGAUGUGAUACGGAGGAUAAGGGAAUGGAGACAGGCAGGUGGCCAUCAGCCUGGUGUACUUAGCACUGGUCAAGGACUUCAUGAUUCAAUUCCCAGUCCCACAGUCUCUGCUUCUCGCAAAAAGCAGAAGAUUACACCAUCUGUACCACCAUCACGAUCUUUUGGCGGACCUUCUCCUCCAUUUCACCCCCAAACACUGACUGCGCCCCACCAACCAUCUUCUGCAGCAAAGCGUGGAUCUGCUCCUGGGUCAAAGGGAAAGAAGCACAAACCUGGUCAAAUAUUACCUGGUGUAUCUUCAAUGAAGCAGUAUCCUUCGUCAGGACCAGGUGGAAGGAAUCAGGUACCUAAUAGAGCUGCCAUGGGUGAGCAUGCCGAGGGAGCAUCAUUUGAUUCGUUGGUUGGUAGGAGAGUGCGGACAAAGUGGCCUGACGACAAUAACUUCUAUGAAGCUGUUAUCACGAACUACAAUCCAGCUGAUGGACGACAUAAUCUGGUCUAUGACAUGGGGAGUGCAAAUGAAACAUGGGAAUGGGUUAAUCUAUCAGAGAUAUCUCCUGAAGAUAUUCAGUGGGUAGGUGAGGAUCCUGGAAUCAAUCAUCGUGGGGGUUUUGGGGGCCCUGGUCAUGGGAUGAAUAGGUCUGUUGGACGAGAUGGUGUUCCAGGAGCUGGAAGAGGUAGAGGAGCAGCAAAGGGGCAAUCCAGAAAAGAUUUUUUGUCAUCACAGAAUGGCAUAGGAAAGAAGGCACCUGAUGAUAUACAAAUACUUCACACAGACACACUAAUCAAGGAGGUGGAGAAGGUAUUCAGUGCAAAUCACCCUGAUCCCCUUGAAGUUGAGAAAGCAAAGAAAGUAUUGAAGGAUCAUGAGCAAGCUCUUAUUGAUGCAAUUGCAAGACUUAAUGAUCUUUCUGAUGGUGAAAGUGAUCAUGUUUGUAAUUAUCUUAAGGGCAGAAGAUGGAUUUGGGGUUGUAGCAUAGAGGAAACUGUAGAAGCAAAAACAAAAUGGAGGAAAAGCUUGAAAGAUGGGGCUGGGGCUGCCCACCAUUUCUCACAUGCUCAAUCAAUGGAUCGAGAGUGAUGAGCACCUGUUAAUUUGUACAAUGAGCAGAGGAGGCAUUAAGAUAGCAUAAUUCUGGAAAAGGGUGUAUUUCUAUUGUAUUAUCACAUAAAGAUUAUUACCCUCUAACAGUUUAUAGCUGUAGGCAUGGUUCUUGUGGAUUAGGCAUUAUGUAGGAUGGCAAAUAUUGUAGUUUGGUAAUAAUUAUUUAUUUCAGUUUGAAAGUUGACCUAGGACCAGCUGAUGAUACUUGUAUAAUUCUGUUUCAUUAGUGAUUAGUGUGUGGUAGUGUAUAAAUUCUUGUAUUUGAUGUCUCAAAUUGGUGUCCAGUCCUCAAGUUUACUCGUCCUUUUAAGUUUGUUUCUAAUUGACAUGUGAAUCCUAAUGUU